UAUAAAUGGGAGCUAACAGCUCAAAAUAAAAUUUCGAAAUAUUAAAUGAAUACAAUUUUCUCAAUGUUGCACAAGAUGAUGGUUAUGGAGAUAUCUAAUUAUAUAGUAGUAAGAUAAAACGAGCUGAUUAGAUGGCAUUAAUAAAAUUUUAUGAUUAAUCAGAUAUGGAAAAGAAAACUAACAUAAUUCAAAUGAGGUAAAUAAUGAUAUUAUUUAGAAAAUAAUAAAACAAUCAAUACUUUACGAAAAUAUUGGACUAUUAGGUUCAAACAACUGAAGAUUUAUGUAGCAAUAUAAAUUUUUUGCAUGUUGGAUUGGAAUAUUUAGAAAAAAGUCUUUAAGAUGAUAUCUUAAAUCGAAGAGCAAAUGAUAGAACGUAUUGAAUAAUAAAAUAAUCAUUAUAGUUAUAAUGAAGGGGAACUUUGGUAUUUAACAUAAACAAUACUUUCUGGAUUGAAAGAUCUUUAGAUGAUUAAUCUUCAAUAUCAAGAUUUGCAUCCAUACAAUAUAAGGAUUAAGCUAAAUGGUGAAGUUAAACUAUUAGAAUUGUGUUGUUUAGCUAAUUAAUAAAGUGCGUAUUAAAAAGUCUUUACACAAUUAAGGGAAGUUGAAUAUCUAUCACCUGAGCAAUUAUAUGUAUUAGAAAAUGAGCGAUAAAAUGUAAAUAUCAUUAUCUAGAGUUUAAGGAUAAAUAAGAAUAUUCUAUUGAAAAAUAGAACGUAUUUAUACUUGGUGUUAUUUUUUUGGUUUGCAUAACAAAUAUGGAUGUGAAAAGGUUCUAUACUAAUUUCACUUUUAAUUCAGAAUUAGCUAAUCAAAAAUUGAAUAGUGCUUUCGAAAAGUACAAUUACUCUGAUGCAAUGAAGCAUUUAUUAAAAGAUUUAUUACAAUUAAACACAUAUCAUAGACCAACUUAUUUAGAAAUCUUAGAAAAGAUAUCUCAUGUAGAUUCUAGUAGAAUAUCUCCAAAUUUAUAUGCAUUGAAUAUGUAAGAUUAAGCUAUAAAUUCAACUAUGCAUUUUAAGAAUCAAUCUAAUUUCACAUAAGAAUAAAUCAUUGAAAGUUAACCUUAAUCUCUUUAUGAUCAGCAUAAUCUUAUAAAUGAUUCUUUUAAUAGAUAAAUUACAUCUAAUUUCUAACCUAAUUUAGAAUCUGCUAAACUAAAUAACAAUGAUUUUGAUAUAGUUCCUUAAUCAAAAUAUGAAUUAAAUAAUUAACCAACCCCUUUAACUACAUAAGCAGGUUUGGAUAAAAUAAGAUAAUUAAAAGAAAGAUUUUAAGUAAUGAAAGGAGAAGUUCAAUAACAAUAAGCAGCAACAGUUCCAACUACUUUCACUCAUUAAGAUGAAAGUGAUACAUAUAGACUUCCGAAUUAACAAUUUCAUAAUCCGUAUCAACCAAAUUUCUUGGACAUGGAUCUUAUUAUUUAAAGAGCACUUCAAAAAAGUAGAGAAGUAAUGUCUAAAUGCAAUCCUUAUUAAACUGCAGAUCCUUAUGUUCCUAUUUUACCUUCAUCAAAUACAUCUUUCCUUCCUUAGAAUGGAAUGCCAUCCGUUAUUCAACCAAUAUAAACUGUAUCAUUAGGAAAUUCUUCACUAAAUUAAUAUUUUCAAAAUUCAUAGUAAAAUUCUUAAUAUAAUCAAAUCAAUUAAGUUUAAAUUCCGACGCAACCCUUAUAAUAAUCAUAAUUUUAAAAAUAGCCAACAUUUUCUUAACCAUUCUCUCCAUAUCUUUAGUAGAAUGAGUAAUAAUCACCUUUGAAAUAACCAACCAUGUCAUAAUACAUUUAAUAAUAAGCAUAUACACCUCCAUCAUUUAACUAAUAAUAAUCAAUGUAAGAUUGAUAUUAAAUUAGGUACCAACCUUAUGUAAGAAAUGAUAGAUUUUUAUGAUUAAGAAAUAUAUUAUGUUGA